CACAGAGUUGCUCGGAGGAAAGUUUUGCAGACUUGGGACACUCGCGCACACUCACGCCCUCUGGCUCAGUGUGUGAGGUGCCACAUCGAAACGGAACAUAAGUGUCGGAAAGUGCGCAUCAUGCUGCUGAUCCUGCUGCAGUUGUUGGUUUUCGCGUCUUGUGCUCCUCCACGAUGCGACCCGAACUUUCGAGGACUGUGCAAGCCAAUAAUAGAAGAAAAACCCAAAUGCACAGAUCUAAUGCUGUCCUACUGCGAUGACAUGUCCUACGCUCAAACCAUGUUCCCAAACAUCCUCGGUCACAAGACUCGUGAGGAUGCUGAAGCUGGCGCUGAGUACCUCCUCAUCAGCGUGGCUGAAUCUCUGCUGGGCGGAGAGUGUAACCCGGAGAUUCGCAUGCUGGGCUGCUCGGUGUUGGCCCCACGCUGUGAGAAGGAGAAGGUGCUGAAGCCGUGCCGCAGCACGUGUGAAGCCGUGCGCAGAAGAUGCAGUCGCACUUUUGACAAGAUACAGAUGGCCUGGCCCUACUUCCUCGACUGCGAUCGCUUCUUUGUCAGUGACCAAGAGGGAUGUUAUGACCCGCUGGAGGGCCUCAGAGGGCAGGAGGAAGAAGAAGCUGCUGACGCCAUGGAUAUUCUACUCACUGCGGACUCCCCUGACACUUUGCAGUUCACCUAUCAUUCCAACACUGACCUGAUCAGUGUCUUAAAGAAUACCGAGGAGCAGUGCUCCGGCAUAGCCCGGACCUACAGCAUAGGUCGCAGUAUGGAGGGCAGAGAGCUGCUCGUGAUCGAGUUCUCUAACAAUCCCGGAGAGCACGAACUACUUGAGCCGGAGGUAAAGUAUAUUGGGAACGUGCACGGAAAUGAAGUCCUUGGCCGCCAACUACUCAUCUACUUGGCUCAGCACUUGUGCUCAGAGUAUUUGCUCGGCAACGAGCGAAUCCAGACUCUAAUCAACACCACCCGCAUCCACAUUCUGCCCUCCAUGAACCCCGAUGGGUAUGAGAUGGCUGUUUCUGGAGUCAGUGACAAUAACUACGAUUUUGAGCAGGAGGAUCAAAGAUAUGAUUCUUUGAACAUCGGCCGAAAUAACGCCCAGAACAUCGACCUGAACAGAAACUUCCCCGACCUGACCUCCAUCGUUUACAGCAGACGCAGACUAAAGGGCUACCGCACCGACCACAUCCCAAUCCCAGACUAUUACUGGUUUGGUAAGGUUGCACCGGAGACCUACGCUGUCAUGAAGUGGGUCCGCUCCAUCCCGUUUGUGCUCUCCGCUAACUUCCACGGUGGAGACUUGGUGGUGUCUUACCCUUAUGAUCUGUCCAAACACCCGCUGGGAGGCGACAUGUUCUGCCCAACCCCAGAUGAUAAGGUUUUCAAAUUUAUCGCAGCAACUUAUGCAAACGCCCACGAAACCAUGUCCAAUGAAAACGCACGCUGUGGAUCGUCUCGUUCUCACAGCCAGAAAGGGAUCGUUAAUGGAGCUCAGUGGUCCAGCUUGGCAGGCGGAAUGCAAGACUUCAACUAUCUCCACACCAACUGCUUUGAGGUGACUGUGAAUGUGGGGUGUGACAGAUUUCCCCCUGAAGAGGAACUGGCCUUUGCCUGGCAUGAAAACCAAGAAUCUUUGCUCUCAUUUAUGGAGGCAGCCCAUCGCGGCAUCAAAGGGAUUGUAAAAGAUGACGAGGGAAAUGCUAUAAAAGGUGCCAGGAUAUCUGUCAGAGGGAUACAGCACGACAUUACAACAGCUGAAAAUGGAGACUACUGGCGCCUCCUCACUCCUGGCAUCCACAUAGUCUCCGCCUCUGCGCGAGGUUACACCAGAGCCACGAAGAAAAUCCAGCUGCCCUCUCGCAUGAAGACUGCAGGCCGGGUGGACUUUGUGUUGCAGAAAGCGCCUGUGGACUCUGACGCACAGGAAGAGGACGACGCCAUCUCGUCCAUGGGCACCUACGACAAGUUUGACCCUUACAACCAGUACCAGCGCUACACCCAGAUGGCUGAUUUGAGCCAGAACCGAGAGGAGAGAGCAGAGAAGCCCUGGUGGUGGAAUUACUUUACUUUGCCUGGAGUACCUGCCCCCACCUGGCUGCUGAAGCACUAUUAGAGCUUUAACAAGAGAAGCAAGAAAUGAGUCUGUCUUUCUACAUUAAGCAGAAAAACAUGGAAGUGUUACUUUUUACUGACGCUACUCCCGCUUCACAAUUUUGCCUUUAUGUGCUGUGUCUGGUCUGAAGCCCAAACCUGAAUUAUAAUGUAAGCACCUUACAAGCUUUUGCCUGGACAGUAACAUAACUUUAGUUAAUGGCCAUGAUUGAAUAAAAAACACGUUAAAAGA